AUGUUCAAUAUAAACAAUGAUUGUCAACAAAAAUUAAUUAAACUGAAUGACAAAUAUGUUCAACAAGUGUGCCUGCCGUCACAAACAUUCUCAUCAAUUAAUGAUAAUGAUAAUUGUUUUUCUGCAUCAGCACUAACAAUAAAUUCAUCAUCUUCUCAUGAUGGUAUUCAAUUAUCAACAGCAUAUACAAUUAAACCAAAACGUCAUCGAACUCAUUUUACAUCAACACAAUUGAAUGAACUAGAAAAAUCAUUUAGUAAAACUCAUUAUCCAGAUAAUUUUAUGCGUGAAGAAUUAGCUGUACGAAUUAGUUUAACAGAAUCUCGAGUUCAGGUUUGGUUUCAAAAUCGUCGUGCAAAAUGGAAAAAGUGCAAGAAAACUACUAACUUCUAUCGACAAUAUUAUCAAUCGCAUUAUCCUCAAUUAUUAAGUUCAUAUGGAUAUUUAAUAAAUACAUCAAUCAAUAGACAACCUUUGUUAACAACAUUACCACAAACAGAUCAUUAUCAUCAUCCUCAAGUGAAAUGGCCAACAAAUAAUAAUAAUAAUAAUAAUUUGAAUCAAUUCUCUUUUUCAUCGAUAGAUUUUCCACAGAUGGAUCAAAUAUGUUCAUUACAUUUUUAUUCAUCAAGCGCAACGACUGAUUAUAUUUGUAUGCCACCAUCUUCUUCUUCACUUUUUUCUACACCAUUACCAACACUAAUUAAUAUCGAUCCGAUUAAUUCAUCUUCUUCGUCAUCAUCCUAUAAUUUACUAUUUCCUUCGGUAUGUGCGACAAUUUCUAAGCAUAUAUUAGGAAAUGGUGAUGAAGAUAUUUGA